AUGUGCACGAGACCUAUCCAAAACCUCUUCCUGCCAAUCUUCUUCCUCCCUGAUGCCCCGGCGCCGUCUUCCCCGCCCCCGCGUCUCCUCGCCGGCGGCGACCACCACCCGCUCCCAACAUUCCCCUUCUCCCCCUUCAUCUCCGCCCACAUUCUCCUCUCCUCCUCGUUUCCGUCCCCCGCCGACCUCUCUCCUCCCGGCACCUAUGAUGUGAGGAAGGAGGCAAUUGCUCAUUGCAUGAGGGGGUGCGUUUGGGGGGCUGGUGAAGAAACGGGUCAUCGUGGAGCGAUAGCAGCUGAAUAUGUCAAGGAGCAUCUUCUCAGAAAUUUAAUCGAACAUCCAAAGUCCAUCACUGAUACCAAGGCUGCUAUUGGUGGUCGUUUACUUGUUGCAAAUGUUGGAGAUUCUAGAGCUGUUAUUUGUAAAGGAGGACAGGGUCAACGAUUAUGUGUUCAAGGGAUCACAAACUCAGAUGAGAGACAUAUAAUUGAGGAUGCUGGGGGCUAUGUUAUGUGGGAUGAGGGGUGGCGUGUGGGUGGUGUUGUCCCGGUCUCUCGAGCAUUUGGUGAUAAACUCUUGAAGCAGUAUGUUGUCGCUGAUCCAGAAAUCAAGGAGGUGGUGGUUGACAGCUCCCUUGAAUUCAUCAUCCUUGCUAGUAAUGGACUCUGGCAGGUUGUCACUAACGAGGGAGCUGUUGCCAUAGCCAAGAGACAUAUUUGGGACCCCGAGGAAUCAGCAAAAGAGCUUCCCAAUGAAGCUUACAAAAGGGAAACUUCCGAUAACACCACGGUGGUGAUCGUCCGGUUCCUGCAUGAGAACUCCGAGUUGCCCUCGAUCUGA